GCAUGUUGGCGCCAUUUUGGAGCUAGGAGGGGGAAGAGAGCUGCAGAGGAGGACGCGAUUUAUUACAAUUCAUUGUUACCAGGCAGUGAGAGCUAAAGAGGAUGGCUCACUCUAAAGCUCGAGCCACAGAUGGGAAGGUGACCUACCCUCCGGGGGUCAAGGAGAUCUCUGACAAAAUCUCCAAAGAGGAAAUGGUCCGCAGGCUCAAGAUGGUUGUAAAGACCUUCAUGGACAUGGACCAAGACUCUGAGGAAGAAAAGGAACUUUAUCUGAACCUAGCCCUUCACCUGGCCUCAGACUUUUUUCUCAAACACCCAGACAAAGAUGUGCGUCUUUUAGUGGCCUGCUGUCUUGCUGAUAUAUUCAGGAUUUAUGCGCCGGAGGCACCCUACACCUCUCCAGAUAAGCUAAAGGACAUUUUUAUGUUCAUAACAAGACAGCUCAAAGGACUGGAGGACACAAAAAGUGCACAGUUCAACAGAUACUUCUACCUGCUGGAGAACAUAGCUUGGGUGAAGUCCUACAAUAUUUGUUUUGAGCUUGAAGACAGCAAUGAGAUAUUCACCCAACUUUACCGAACGCUCUUCCAGGUCAUAAACAAUGGCCACAACCAGAAAGUGCACAUGCACAUGGUGGACCUGAUGAGCUCCAUCAUUUGCGAGGGAGACACCGUAUCACAGGAGCUGCUGGACACAGUUUUAGUCAACCUGGUACCUGCACACAAGAAUUUGAAUAAACAAGCGUAUGACCUGGCCAAAGCUCUGCUAAAGAGGACUGCUCAAGCUAUCGAACCUUACAUCACCAAUUUCUUCAAUCAGGUGCUGAUGCUAGGAAAGACUUCAGUCAGCGAUCUGUCUGAACACGUUUUCGACCUCAUCUUGGAGCUUUACAACAUAGACAGUCACCUGCUUCUGUCUGUGUUGCCACAGCUGGAGUUUAAACUCAAGAGUAAUGAUAAUGACGAGAGGCUGCAGGUGGUGAAGCUGCUUGCUAAAAUGUUUGGAGCCAAGGACUCCGAGUUGGCUGCUCAGAACAAACCACUCUGGCAGUGUUACCUGGGCAGGUUUAAUGACAUCCAUGUGCCUAUCAGACUGGAGUGUGUAAAGUUUGCAAGUCAUUGUCUCAUGAACCACCCAGACUUGGCCAAAGAUCUCACAGAAUUCAUGAGGGUCAGAUCACAUGACCCAGAGGAGGCCAUCCGCCAUGAUGUCAUUGUCUCCAUAGUAACCGCUGCUAAGAAAGACUUGUCCCUUGUAAAUGAUGCUUUGCUCAAUAUUGUAAAGGAGAGGACCUUGGACAAGAGAUGGCGAGUACGUAAGGAGGCCAUGAUGGGUCUGGCGUCUAUCUAUAGGAAGUACUCGCUGCAGGGCGAGGGCGGGAGGGAAGCCUCUAAACAGAUUUCCUGGAUCAAAGACAAACUGCUUCAUAUCUACUACCAGAACAGCAUCGAUGACAGGUUGCUGGUGGAAAGAGUGUUUGCCCAGUACAUGGUUCCUUACAACCUGGAAACCACUGAGAGAAUGAAGUGUCUUUACUAUCUCUAUGCUACGUUAGACACAAACGCUGUCAAAGCUUUGAAUGAGAUGUGGAAGUGUCAAAACAUGCUGAGACAUCAUGUCAAAGACCUGCUGGACCUGAUCAAAAAACCUAAGUCUGAAGCAUCCAGCAAAGCUGUAUUUGCCAAAGUCAUGGUGAUCACAAGGAACCUGCCAGACCCAGGCAAAGCUCAGGACUUUGUGAAGAAGCUUGCUCAGGUCUUGGAGGAUGAUGAGCGCAUCAGAGAUCAGUUGGAAACCUUGGUCAGCCCCAGCUGCUCCUGUAAGCAAGCUGAAGUCUGUGUGCGAGACAUCACGAAAAAGCUCGGCAGCCCCAAACAACCCAGCAACCCAUUCCUGGAAAUGGUUAAGUUUCUUCUGGAGAGGAUUGCUCCCGUCCACAUCGACACAGAAUCCAUCAGUGCUUUGAUAAAACAGGUAAACAAGUCUAUUGAUGGAACAGCUGAUGAUGAAGAGGAGGGUGUUCCCACAGAAGAGGCCAUCAGAGCAGGACUGGAACUGUUGAAGGUGCUGUCUUUCACACACCCCGUGUCAUUCCACUCCGCUGAGACGUUCGAGUCUUUGCUGGGUUGUCUAAAAAUGGAAGAUGAGAAAGUGGCCGAGGCUGCUCUGCAGAUCUUCAAGAACACAGGCAGCAAGAUGGAGGAGAGUUUUCCUCACAUCAAAUCUGUUUUACUGCCAGUACUGCAAGCCAAAGCUAAGAGAGGUCCUCCUCGCCAGGCCAAGUACUCGAUCCACUGCAUCAACGCCAUGUUCAGCAACAGAGACACACACUUUGCCCAAAUCUUUGAGCCUCUGCACAAAAGUCUGGACCCUGCUAACCUGGAGCAGCUCAUCACCCCUCUGACCACGCUGGGUCACCUCGCCCAGCUGGCCCCAGAACAGUUUGCUGCACCACUGAAAUCGCUCGUUGCCAACUUCAUUGUGAAGGAUCUGCUCAUGAACGACAGGAUCCCUGGCAAGAAGACAACCAAACUUUGGGUUUCUGAUGAUGAAGUGUCUCCAGAAACUAUGGCUAAGAUCCAGGGCAUAAAGCUGAUGGUGAGGUGGCUGCUGGGAGUGAAGAACAACCAGAGCAAAUCGGGCAACUCCACCCUGAGGAUGCUGACUGCGAUCCUCCACAGUGAUGGAGACCUAACUGAGCAGGGCAAGAUGGGUAAACCAGACAUGUCAAGGCUGCGUCUGGCAGCAGCGUGCGCACUCCUCAAGCUGGCACAGGAGCCCUGCUAUCAUGAAAUCAUCACUCUGGAGCAAUAUCAGCUGUGUGCUCUUGUCAUCAACGACGAAUGCUACCAAGUGCGACAAUGUUUUGCUCAGAAGCUCCAUCGAGGCUUGUGCCGCCUCCGUCUGCCGCUGGAGUACAUGGCAGUGUUUGCUUUGUGUGCCAAAGAUCCUGUAAAGGAGAGGAGGGCUCACGCUCGCCAGUGCCUGGUGAAAAAUGUCAACAUACGCCGAGAGUAUCUCAAACAGCACGCAGCUAUCAGCGACAAGCUGUUGUCUCUGCUGCCGGAGUAUGUGGUUCCCUACACCAUCCACCUUCUGGCUCAUGACCCAGACUAUGUCAAAGUGCAGGACAUUGAGCAGCUGAAAGAAAUCAAAGAAGCUUUGUGGUUUGUCCUCGAGAUCAUCAUGGCCAAGAAUGAGAACAACAGCCACGCCUUCAUAAGAAAAAUGGUAGAAAAUAUCAAACAGACAAAAGACGCCCAGGCCUCCAGUGACCCCAAAACUAACGAGAAACUGUACACAGUGUGUGAUGUAGCCAUGAACAUCAUCAUGUCGAAGAGCACCACCUACAGCCUGGAGUCCCCCAAAGACCCCGUGCUGCCGUCACGCUUCUUCACCAAACCAGACAAGAAUUUCAGCAACACUAAAAAUUAUCUCCCUCCAGAGAUGAAAGCAUUCUUUUCACCAGGAAAACCCAAGUCGGCUAACGUUUUGGGUGCAGUGAACAAGCCGCUGGCGUCAGCCGGUAAACAGCUGCAGAGUAAAGCCUCCCGUAUGGAGACGACCAGUAACGACUCUUCGUCCAACCCAGGAUCCCCACAGCGCAGCAAGACCAGACAUGACAGCACAGAAAUGGAUCAUAGUGAAAAUGAAGACAUCAGCCUGAGAGCAGACAGUGUUGACAAGGAUAUUGAAAAACCCCGCGGUCGCAAACGUGGCAUGACUUCCAGCGACGACCAGGAGAGCAAGCCAAAGCGUGGACGCAAGAGGGCGUCCGCCAGCACGCCCGCAGCGGCCGACUGUGAAGAUCCGUGGGACGAGGACGCACGGCCAGAGGACGAACAGAACAGCCCGCCCAAGAAGGGACGCAGGGGCCGACCCCCAAAGUCUGCCACGGCUAACCAGGACACGCCUUCCAAAGGGAGGAGGGGGCGCAAAAAGGCAGCUCCUCCACCUGAGGAAGAUGGUGAAGAAGAGGAGGAAGAGGAAGAUGAGAGGGGGGAUGAGGAUGAGGAUGAGGAUGAUGAUAAGAGCAGUGAAAACAUGGAGGUGAAGACUAAAGGAGGAAGGCAAGCCAGAGCGUCGCGACGAUCACAAGGCAGCUCAGAGUCAAUAGAGUCCACGCCACAGAAGAGGAGAGGACGUCCGCCCAAAUCAGCUCAACCUGCUGCCAAGAAACCAGCCCGCGGCGGACGAUCGAAGGCCGCUGCAGUUAAAGCCGACUCUGACGAAGAAGAGGAGGAGGAGGAGGAGGAGGAAGAUGAGCCAACAACAAGGGGUCGCAAGAAGGCAGCCGGGCGCAGAAGAUGAGCUGAAAACCACCCGACUUCAAUAAACAGCUCGUCUCCAAAGGAGAAAUGAUAAAUGAAAAAAAAAAAAAACUAUAUAUAUGGACACUGAACUUUAAAAUUUGUUCAUAUUCUCCAACUGUUACUCCACUUGCACACGACAUGAGAACAUCCGCAUCGUCAGCUGUGGGUCUUGCUUUGUGCUGCAUUGUGAUAAUGUUUGCCACAUUAAGUAGAAAUCAUUUUAACAUAAAAAACAAACAAAAACAACUUGUAAAUAGUCUGAUUCUUGUCCUGUUGUUUGAUGCUGACUGGGAGGAUGCUGGAAAGCUGCCUCCUGCUGAUGUUCUGGAUUAAAGCGCUCCCAUGAUGCAGUGUUGCUCAUCAACGUUCCCUCGGUGUCCUACUUUUAAAAAAACCUGCAGAUUACCGCUUUCUUGUGAAGUUAUUAAAUGUUUUUUACACCUCUGUAUAUUAAAACUUUUUUUUUUUACCAGGUAUUGAAUACUUCAAACGUGUCAGAUAAUGAUCCACAUGUAGAGUUGCUUCUGGGUAUUACUGUAGUGCAGUUUUGGUUUUUAGGUCUGUGUUCGCUGGUAGAAGUUAAGUCGCCUGCAGCUGUCGUGUUUGUCACCGCUGUUUAACUUUGGCCACGCCUCCACCCAGU